AAGUCAAAGCAGGCGAGCAGAAAGGUUUGUCAGUCGAGUCGAGCAGCGGAGAAGAAGAGGAAAAGAAGAACACUCAGCUCAGCAAGCAGCUCCAAUUCAUAAGUGCAAGUAAAAUGGUGCAACUUUUGAUUCGGGAAUUUCUCUGCAAUGACGUGCUUUUUCCGGAUCUAAUCUGGUCGUGAAUGGAAGUUUAACUGGCGAGGAAACGUUUGGUGAUGCGGUUGGAAGGAUUCGGAAGGAGAUUUCGUGAUUUUGGAAGCCUUUUCUGCCCCGGACUGGUGGAAAGUUUUUCUCGUCUCUUGCAUUAAUGGCGUAGAAGAAACGAAGUUGUGUGUGAAAAAAGUGCGGAGGAUAUUUUUUCGUCGGAAUUUUGAGAAGAAGGAAAAAAUUGGCUUAAAUUGCUGAAUUGACAAUGGAAGAAGUGCAGGUGAUAGACUGUCCUCCGACGCCGGAGAUUUUGCUGGCCUCGGCGACUCCUCCUUCGACUUCGCUGCUUGACAUGUUGGACAGUUCUUCUUCGGCGGAGGAGUUGGACAAUUCCUGCUCCGGAGAUGCCGCUGGGGAUGAUGCUGGGGAAAGUGGCCGCAGCUCGCCACCGCCCAAGUGUGCCAUCUGUCUCGGGAAGUGCCGCCAGAAGUGCUAUACGGAUUCGUGUCGUCAUCAGUUCUGCUAUCGCUGUCUUCUCGAGUGGAGCAAGAUUAAGGCUGAAUGUCCUCUGUGCAAGCAAGCGUUCCGGUCGAUCAUCUACAAUCGGAAGACGUACGGUCACUACCAGGAGCAUAAGAUCUCGAUUGCUCCUCCGGCUUCACCCCCGAGCUAUGCUGGACAAGGUUCCGGGUCAGGUGGAGGAGGAGCCGCCCGGACAAUGCCACAAGUGUAUCACAGACUGGACUUCACACUGUCCCAGCCGCCAAGGUUCACCUACAGUGCAACGCUCCAUGUCCAGCCCAGUCAAAGUGAACGGCUGCGACAACUGUUUCUGCAUCAGUCCGGAGAUGUGCAAAGGUUCAGUCGGGAGUAUCCGGAUGAUUCCAUUCCUUCUAGGCAGAAUGGACCCGAGUGGAGACGUUACAUUUAUCACAGACGGUUACACGCCAGACCGCUGGCCGACAUCAAUGGUCGAAUGAGGGAAUGCAGUGCCGCUUUCUAUAGAGAAAAUCCAGCGCAAAUCCAUCGCUUGAUGCCGUGGAUCAAUCGAGAACUGGUGGCUUUAAGCAGGAACAACCCUUCUCAGGUCUCACUCAUAAUGGAAGACUUUCCGAAUCUACUGAUGACGCACGAUAUUACUUCGCCGGCAUUCCGCGAGCGAGUUUCCUACUGGGGUCGUGUUCGAACUGCUCAUUUUAUCCACGAACUGCUCAACUUUGCACGCUCGCCGUACGAUAUGAUUGGAUAUGACCGUUCCGUCCAAUACGAUCCCUACUACAACAAUAACGUGGUCGUGCUUUCAUCUUCUUCGUCGUCGUCUUCCGGAUCGGGUCUUUCGGCCUCCGAAGGGGAAGACGAUGUAGUACCGAUACUGGAGCCAAUGCCGGGAACCUCAGGAACAAUGAACUCGGUCGGAGGUCCCAGUGGGAGUGCCAGACGGGGACGGACGCAAUUUACAAUCGAAACCAGAUCCUCGGACCAAACUGUGAUUAUGACGGGCUCUUUCGGAGGUGCCGGAGUCAGUGGGAUUGUUUCGGUGUCCACUUCCGGAUCCCAGCAAAACAAUGGCUCCGCAACGAGCACCAGUGGAUAUCCGGAUAUGUCACGGAUGCAACCACUAACAUCGAUGGUACCUCAACAACCACCGCCACCCGUGAGUCGAUUGGAAGAUGGCGAAAACAUCUCCCUUUCGUCCAGUGAUAGCGACGACUGCCGGAUAGUCGGAGCACUUAAACCACCCCACUUAAGAACGCCGGAAAUGGUUAGCCUAGAAUCGGAAAGCGACAGUGAUGUGGUCUUCGUCAACGAUGAUACCAACACUGCCCGAAACCAAGCCAUGGAAAGUAAUUCCGUUCUGGAGCAACUCUUUCCGGAAACCCUUCUUAACCAAGAACUGGCCAAAUUGGAGGAUCAUGCAUUCGCCUCCGAAUACAACAACGGAGCGUCCACUUCUUCGGGCGGUGGAAGUGCCAGUGGCGGCAUGAAAAAAUAUUACGCCAAACCUCGACUGAACAGAUAUGCCGAAGGAAUCGGAUUCAAAAGCAUCUAUGAAGCGAGCGAAUCGGAGAAAAGCCACGGCGAUCCUAGCAUAAAAAGCGACUCAGAUUCUUCGAGCCACGACGAAGUCAAAUUCAACAUUCGAGGUCAAGCUCCGGCAGCAACUCGGAAGAGGAAAGCCCUCAAACGGCGACAAGCUUCUUCCACCGGAAGUAGCAGCUCAGAUAGUAGUGACGAAAGUUCCACUUCCGACUCGGAAAGCAGCAGUCCAUCGUCCAGUGGAUGCAGUUCCACCUCUAGUUCCAAUUCCGACUCCGACAGCGACUGCUCAUCGGACAACAAAGUUACCCUGAAAAAGCGAUCCCGCCGGUCGAAUGUUCGCUCAUCUCGCAAAUCGUCCAAGCGACGUCAGAAAGAAUCCAAACCCAAGCGUUCCAAAGUCAAAAAACGAAAGACCUCAUCCUCGAAGCGCUCGAGUCGCAAGCGCCAAAAACUCCAAAUACCCAAAACCCCCUCGAAAACCUCUUCGGAAAGUGGCAAGGGAACGUCCGCUUCGUGCACAUCCGGUCCCUCGACGGAAACCAUCCCCAGUGCAAUCACUCCCCCCAACGCCACAUCAGUCAUCAAUCCCGCCAGCAGUUCCUCCGGCAAAAAGCGCAAACUAAAAAGCGCCAUCAUCAAACUGAACCCAGUUGCGAAAGCCGUCCGCCAGCAGCUUCUGAACGCAUCCAAACGGCGCCGAAAGGCACCGAUCUGCUCGGAAUUGAUCACCAGCACGGACUUCUCCAGCGAUGAAAACCCACCAGCGGAACCAAGUCAGCAACAAACGAACCCUUCCGUGCAGCAGGAACAAACGCUCCAACGGGAUUCGACCGAAUCCAGCUCGGGGGAUACGGACACGUCCGACAGCGAAGAGGGCCGAUGCACGAUUGCCUCGCUGAUAAGGGCGGCCAAGGCGGACGACCCGCCGGAAAUGAAGCAGCAAAACACUUCCACCAGUAGCUGUAGUAGUAGCAGCACCAGCAAGAGCAGCUGCAGUGCUAAUUCUUCCCACACGGAACCACCCAGCCAGGUUAGUGUGGGCCCGGAAGAAGCACCAGAAGAAGAUGACGAUGACGAUGAGGAGGAGGAAGACGAGGAAGAUGACGAAGGAGCAGAAGAGGAACGACACGACCAGUCGCCGGCGGUUUCCACCGGGGAUGUGGAUGUGGACGUUUCGGUGGCGCAGGUGAUCGCCGUUGGAGCCGAGGUGGAACUUUGAGAUUUACUGCGGUCUGUGGAGUUUGACGAGUGGUGAUAGGGCAGACGCGGAGUAAGAACUGCCCUUACCGCCAAACCUACAACGUGUUCUCUUGGCUGUUCAGCAAUCGCAUCACUCAAAGAUGGCGAUCUCGUGGUCACUAAGUAGUGUACAUACGCAACAGAAUCACAUAUAUUAACUACUUUGUUCAUAAUUUAUAGACCCCUUUCGCUCUAGAUUGUAAGCUUCUCCUAUUUGUUGAUUAGGACCUAAAUCUACUGCAGCAAAUCGUACAACGCUCUUGAAAAGUCGACACACUGGAAAUAAAACAGAUUACACUCUACAAAUAGUUUACCCCACACUGACAGAAUAGGAAUAUUUGCAAUAGCAAGGAUAAAAGUUGUACGGCUGAAUGAAAAUAGCAUAAAUAUUACAGAAUAAUACAUAAAAACACAAAAAGUGAUCCCAAAACGAACACUGCAGCAAACUUUGUCAUCUCCGUCUAUUGUAAAUACCGAAAUCAAAUCGAUACUGAAGGGAUGUUCAGCGCGAACCUGUUUUGCGUGUCAUCACACAAAUAGAGAACUCAUCUACAAUUGUAAGCAAAAUGUCUCCGUAAGAACAAUGGCAUCCUAAAUAUAUAGUCUUCAGCAGUUACUUUUAAAUAAAUGCAUCCGUAAAUUUGAGGAAGUGAAAA